UGGAAGGGUGGAAUCAGUGAAUGAUGGUGGAUGGGGUUUUAAUUGUUGCCUUGACGUUGACGAAUCAUGCGAAACUGACAUCUUAGGUAAGAAUAAAAUAGUUGGAAGAUGAAGAGGACGACUAAAACGAUAGCGAUACAAAACACCGAAGAGUACAGAAGGAAAAAGGAGGACGGAAUCAGGAAAAGGCGAAAGUUUUGGAGAAGGAUUUGCGCGGAAUCUUGCCUGACGUCAGUAGAAUGCGUAAGGCGAUUUCCUUUUGGGAUAAAUUCCGAUAUAAGGGGUAAAUCGUUGUAGGUACUCUGUCUUCUGUGUUUGGUAGCUGCGUUGAUCGACGGUACUCAUCUGCAGACCAUUGUAAUUUCUAGCGUAUUUUUAAGUGCAACUUUGAUCGACUUAGUGUCUUGGACCAAUUUAAGGUAUUCUGCUCAAAACGAGGGGAUAACAGUUCAAGUAAAGUUCAUUGUAGACCCAUUGCGUACCAGAGCUGGUUGAUGGUUUGUACGGCCGGUUGCUUGUUGUUCUCUUUAUACGUGGGGGUUUUGUUGUUUAUCGGCUUUCCAUUGCCGAUCCUGUUCGGUAUCAUAUUAGGUGGAGUGACCGCUAUAGUUUUUCUGAUAGACCUGUGCCUGUUGAUGAUGAGAAUGAAGCGAUAUCCGCACCCGUAUUGGAUACUCGUAUACCACAACCAAAUGACCGAAGCCUGCACUUGCACUUACGGUAAAUUUAGAAAUAUUCCAUAAACGUAUUAUAAAACUAACGACAUUUUUGGAUUGCAGGCGAGAAAGUUCCCGAAGGUAACCAACCACGUGGAGUAAGUAAGCGAACGAUCAUAUAUUUUUUAUUUUUCAGACGAGGACAGACCGUUGUGCUUUUGCGGCGAAAACGGAGGUAAACUUGAUAUGUGGGACAUGGCAAACCUGUAAAAAAACAUGUAAUUUUAGGGGAGCGAUGCAUAUGCGACCUGCCGCCUCCGGAGCCGGAGAUUUGCGAGUGCUGCGAAUGCGGUACCGCUUUUGAAAUAGGUAAGCGCUACGUCUGGUCGCUUCUACCACUAGUAACGCCUACUUCGAAGGUCAAGAAACCUGUUGCACCUGCAGUACCCAAGUCGACAUGCCCAAAAUCCCGGCGAGAGAAGAGUACGGAAGCGGCAUCGCCAGAAAGACCCUCAUCGUGACCGAUGAAGAAGGCGUCCCGAGGAAAUCUAUAGUGAUAUCGCACGACGACCCAUCUAGAAAGUCGCUCGCUAUGCCGAGAAGAUCAGUUGCGGCCUCCGCCAUAGAGGCGCCUAGGAAAUCUAUAAUUGAGGGGACCAGAAAAUCGAUCGGCUCGGCGAUACUUUACGACGAAGGAAGGAAAUCGAUGAUGGCGAGGAAGUCAGUGGCGACGGCUGCGUCUUACGAAGCUCACCCGUUCGAGGUUCCUAGGAAAUUUGACUCGCCUGGAAUGGUUCACGAUGAAAUGUUAGGCAUCAAGCCAAGAAUGACAGGCAUUCCGGGAGACAUGCCUUUUCUCAAGAGGCAGUACUGCGAGGACAAUGUUUUUGGGAAAUCUGGCAGGAGUACCCCUAGAAGAACCAAAGGGCUCGAUGAAAGAAAGUCAGUGAUGGCCAGAGGUAACCGAUAAUUAAGACAUUGUAGAUGUAUUCGAGAUUUUAUGUCAAUAAUAACGUUUUAAGACAAUUGUGUUUGUUUUGCUUUUGAUCAUGGCGAAAUCAGUUAGGAAGGUCCGGGGAUGAAUCAGCAGGUUGGUGGGACGAAAUCCUACGUAUUAAUAGUAACCCUGUUCCCAUUUAGGUGCCAUAUGGUGCGAUCGAGGUCGACCAGAAAGCUGCAAAUGCGAUCGUCCAGGAUCCAGAUGCUUGUGCGGAGAUAAAUGCGAGGAUACCUGCACGAACAAAGUAAGUGCGUAAUGGUCUUAAUAACAAUCGUGCAGUGUAAUAUCUAGAAGAAAGACUCGCCUAAAAGAAACGUCAGCGUCACGACGAAAAUCACCACCGCUCCGUCUAAAAGGAUUAAGCCACCACCCUCCAGAUCGCAAGUAACCAAAGAGUACCAAUCGCCUCAAAGUUAAUUGGGUAUAUCGAUGAUAAUUAGAUCGUAAAACGUGUUGCUUUCAGUGAUGGUUAGGAACGUGUCUACCGUAGUACGACCCAGUUCAGCACUGAGCUACGUACGGGAGGGACGUACUGAUCCGAGCGAAGCCACCUUCGUUUUGAGCAAGGUACCAACGGAACGCGCGAGUUACAUUCCAGAUUAUCAAGUUUGUUCUGUUGCAGUCCGAAGAUCGGUUCUACUUAUGAACGAAUACAAACAUGUAUUUAUUUUUCAAAUAAAUAGCUUUAGACUGAUGUUUCGCUGUUUGUCGUCGCGCCAACAAUCGACGAGUCAAUUUUUGACAGGCGCUUUCAAUCAAAUUCAAAAUUCCUCGUAAAGUUCCCAUGUUAUAUCUCGUAGGUUUCCUUCGAAUGGAUCAUCCCGUUAACUGAUUCCGCAAAAGCCGUACGAGGAGCAACGCUUCAAUGGCCGACGCGGCGCACUGACCAGGUAAGCGGCCGCUUCUAUUAGAGCACUACCCGAGCCUGCCUUGCAGGGCAACGCCGCCACCUUGCGUUUACCGGCAAUAUUUCCAAAGUCUGUGCAGCAUCUGCGGCAGGACCCACUAUCAACAGUGGCAGUGCGUCGCUGGAAUCUUACCGGACGUCGAGAAUAUAAAAAUGACCGGUGGUAAGCGCAGUUCGACGGCACCUAGCAUGGUUAAGGCUGGGCAGCAGAGAACGAAUCCAGCGCAGCCCGGUUUCCGGACAUACGCGAGAAGAAAUGGACUGGACGAAGAGGACAGCAUGUAUCGGAAGAAGAGCUUCGCACUUCAGACUGUAACAGAUACGGGAGUGGGAGAUUGCCCGGCUUGCUUGGACACCAACACCCUCUGCCAUCAGGUGACCUGUCAAUUGUGUCGCUCGACGGAGAAAAUUUGUGGGUUCGAGUACGCCGACUGUCCCUACGCCAGCAUGCAGACUCAAACGCAAGACGACUACGAGGAUCUGUGUCCUUAUACGGAAGUCGAGUGCAGAUGUAUGGAUCGGAGUUGCAAUACCAGCAGGCACUGCGUCGUGUUCGACGAAGACGAAGUCUGCCCGUUCACAACGCUAGAGUGCAGGUGUGCAGAUAUGAACUGCGCGGCAGCUCAGGACUGUAUGAUUUACGAAGAUGACGUGGAGCAGUACGAUUAUUACGCGGAAGACGCCGACGACUGGCGCGGUCAGGGCCAACGAGAUGGCGGUACGGGUUGGAACGUGGACGACAUCAUAAAAAAAUGCCACGCCAUAUGCCAGGCGACGGGGGUUGCUUCAAUUCCCCACGUAGACAGCGAAACCAAAGAAAUCAUGAUAAGCGGCGACUCCAAAGUACACCCUCCUAGCAUCACGGGCGAACAACUGGACAUAUCAUCGACUUAUAGCGCCGCGGACAGCGCAUUCAAGCAUGAAAUAAGUCCCUCGCCAUUGGAGGAAACCUACGAAAUCUGCAUAGAGGAUGCUGCGGCGCCCGGUGAAUCGCACAACAAAAUCAGCAUCAAAACCAGCAGAAUUCCUAAGAUCUCGAUGUUGCACAAUGAGCAAAGCCAGACCUAUGUGACCGACGAUUACACCCCUCCAUAUCCAGAACGCCAAAUAUCCACAACUAGAGAAAUGGAACACGACCCUCAAUGGCAAAACUCUGAUCAAAGGAAGGUACAAGAAGGGAUUUCUGUGACAGCGAACAUAGAACAAAAAACGCCUGUACUACCUGGAAGCAUGUCAACGAUUCCAAACCACAAUCAGGCAAUGUCACAUGGGAUGUCUAUUACGUCAAACUUGGAACAAAGGAUGAACAUGGCACAGGAAAAUAUAUCAACGAAUCCAAACCACCAUCAGCAGAUAAAUAUGAGACAUGGAGGCUUUACUGUGACGCCACACUUGGAACAAAGGAUGAACAUGGCACCUGCAAAUAUAUCGACGAUUCCAAACUACCAUCAGCAGAUGGCUAUGCGUCACGGAAGGUUUUCUAUGACGCCACACUUGGUACCGGGAAGCAUAUCAACGAUUCCAAGUCGCCACCAGGCGAUGUCUGUGUCACGGGAAAGGGUGUCUAUGACACCAAGUUACGGGCAACAGAUGUUUGAAAGUCGCGCGCAGCAACGCGCGCAUCCUGAUGAAGCCUCGUUUAUAUCAGACUACAGCGUAGCAAAAGGGCUCCACAGAUACUGCGCAGACAGGCCCGAAACGCGUGCGUACCACCAUAACGUGAAAAAUAUUCCACGCAUGUCAGCAGCAUACCCGUGGUCGGGGCAGGUGCCAGCGGCGUUGAAUCCUAGGAUGUCGAUCGCGCGAGCGCACGGGGUCCCCUCGGUCACACAGCAUAAUGAUACGCCUUGGAAAGAGUCCCAUACGUGUUUGCGAGAUCCCCACGCACCGCCAAAGGUGAGGUCGCAAGUUCACUUCGACAUCGACCUUAUGGAAGACUGGGACGCGAGGAGGUCGAUGAUUACAAGAAAAUCGACCACCUCCAGGCAGUACUGAGAGCGGAGCGGAGAUGCCAUUGUAAUUUUGGAAUAAAUUAUUAGUGGCGUUGGUCGUACCUGGUGGUUAAAUAACGUUGCAUUGAAGGUCACGUAGGGAUGUCAAAAAAUAUAAUAAAUGAAUUUUGAAAAAUUGAGUUUUGUGCCUACAUCCUGUAAAUUACAAGUAUCUUUAAAGCAAAUAAGUUUCGUGAAAACCUCUUUUUCAUAUAAUUUAUAGCUCCGAGAAAUUUUAAUAGUUUUUCAAUAAAUGGCGCAUGCGCCGAUAAAGCGAAAUUACUGCAACUAUUACGUUUAACAGGUCCGAUUAUUUCCCAUUAACGAAGUUUGCUCUAGAGAAACACUAAAUUUUGUUAGUAAGUAUUCUAAAUAAAUAUAUCUACCGCAAAUAAACGACAAAAAUAAAUAAUCUUCCGAUAACAAAAUUUGCGUUGUUUCAAAUAAAUGGCGCAUUCGCCGGUCAACCAAC